GCAUUCCUCGACCUCGCGAGCAGCCGGGGCGAGACGGGCAGUCUUCAUGCCGGGCAGGGCGAGCGCGAAGCGCCCCGGGGCCAUCCUUCCCACCAAGUCCGCACCACGCUUCCCUCGCUAGCGGUCGUGGCGGUCGUCGCCUACCUCCUGGCAAGGCGGGUGAUGUGCGGCCCGCGUCCUGCCGGCCGCGUCGAUAUCGCCGUAUCUCCAGUGCGCCAAGAGCAGGCGCCAGAAAGGCAUCGAGAAAGGCACGGCAAGUGCUGCGCCUGCCAGCAGGACGUGCGGAAGUACUACGACGCCCUGCGAGCGAUUCGCGUUGCCAGGUGGCUUAGGGACGAAACCGGUUCGUCUGACGAGGCCGCCGCCCUGGUGAAGCUGCAGGGGUGCCCGCUCGUCGUGCUCAAGGUGUGGUUUGCCUUCGCAGCGCUGAGCGCCCGCACCGUCGGCAUGCACACUGGCUCCCGGAGCGCCGGCGCAAGAGGGCGCAUCCCGCUGCUGGACGUGGCGUCCCAGCGGGAUCCGGCAGCCGCCAUCCGUAUUCAGGACGAUUGCGCGGAGCAGCUCAGCCG